GUUAUGUGUUUCAUAUUUUUCACUGAUUUGCCAAUUGUUUUGACAAAACAAUUGAUUUAUUGUCCAAAUUAAGUGAUAUUUUUAUUAAUUAAUUUAAAUCAAGUGAUAUUUAUUUUGUUUUUAUCAAAUGGCUAACGAUUUUCAGCAAAUAUUAACCAAUUUAUUGAAUGUCGACAACGAUUUGAGGACUAAGGCUGAGCAAAUAUAUGAUGCCAUCAGUCCUUCAGAAAGAUUACAACAUUUGUUUGGGACACUUGUCGACGGAACCAAAGAUGAAGAGGUGCGUCAAUUAUCUGCCGUUUUAUUGCGGAGACUUAUAUUUAGUAGUUUUGAAGACAUAAUUAAGAAUAUAAAUCAAAUUUCAUUUAACCAAAUGAAAGAUCAAUUGCUACUAUUUUUGAAGACCAAUAUCUCAAAUAAUUUGAGACGAAAAGUGUGUGAUGUGGUCGCCGAGGUGUCCAAGAAUUGCAUAGACGACAACGGAAACAACAAUUGGCCCGAAAUAUUGCAAUUUAUGUUUGAAUCGGCCAAUUCUCCCGACAUUUCAAUCAGACAUUCGGCUCUUUUGAUAUUUGCUUCUGUUCCGGGAAUUUUUGGUAGCGAACAGAGUAAAUAUCUGUCGGUAAUUAAACAAAUGCUUAUCAAUUAUUUAUGUAAUGAUUCCGAUGAAGAAGUGAAGAUAUCUGCAGUUAAGGCCACCUCUGCUUUCAUUCUCGCACACGACAGUGAAAAAGCAAUUAUAAAGCAAAUGAGUGAAUGUAUACUUCCAAUGAUUCACAUUAUCUCUAAUUGUAUCGACAAUGAGAGCGACGAUUCAACAUUGAAAUCGUUUAUUGAUAUCUCAGAAAAGUGUCCGCAAAUACUUAGAUCACAAUACGAACCGUUGACUGAACUUUGUUUGAAAACACUAUCCAAUACAGAGAAGUCAGACUCGUGGAGACAUUUGGCACUUGAGAUCAUUAUAACUUUUGCAGAGAACGCCCCGUCGACUGUCCGCAAAAGAGGCCAACCAUACCUUUCACAUAUUGUUUCUCAACUGUUAUUAAUGAUGACUGACUUAGAGGAAGAUCCAAAUUGGGCUUUAAGUGAUACUACUGAAGAGGAAGAUGAUUCUGAGAGCAAUUCAGUGAUUGGUGAGAGUAGUCUGGAUCGGCUCUCGUGUUCAAUCGGAGGCAAAGCUAUACUUCCUUUGGCGAUAAAUUCAAUCUCACAAAUGUUACAAAACACUGAUUGGAAAUAUAGAUUCGGAGCCUUAAUGGCCAUAUCAGCAGUGGGUGAGGGAUGUCACGAUCAGAUGAUUUCUCUUCUCAAUCARAUUGUUGACGCAAUUAUCCCAUAUUUGGCUGACACUCAUCCACGUGUUAGAUAUGCCGCUUGUAAUGCUUUGGGCCAAAUGGCUACAGACUUUUGCCCAAUAUUUGAAAACAAUUAUCACUCAAAAGUUGUUCCCAAUUUGUUGAUAUUACUCGACGAUUAUAAUAAUCCUAGAGUUCAGGCUCACUCUGGAGCAGCUUUAGUCAAUUUUUUUGAAGAAUGUCCGCAAAAAAUAGUUAUUAAUUAUUUAGAAAGCGUUGUAAAUAAAAUUGAAGUCGUCUUGAAUGCUAAAAUCAAAGAACUUAUGGAAAGGGGAACUAAACUUGUUUUGGAGCAAAUUGUUGUUACAUUAGCUUCUUUGGCUGAUUCAGCUCAAGAAAACUUUCAUAAUUAUUAUGAUAAGUUUAUGCCUUGUCUUAAGUUUAUUAUUCAAAAUGCAAAUACCAAAGAAUUGCGUUUAUUGAGAGGAAAGUGUAUUGAAUGCGUAAGUCUUAUUGGUUUAGCCGUUGGAAGUGAUAGAUUUUGUACGGAUGCGUGCGAUAUAAUGAAUUUAUUGCUUCAAAACCAAACGGGAGAACUCAAACUUGAAGACGAUGACCCACAGUUAUCUUAUAUGAUUACUUCUUGGGCACGAAUUUGUAAAAUUUUGGGAAACCGUUUUGAGCCUUAUUUACCAUAUGUUAUGCCAUCAGUUUUAAAGGCGGCUUCCAUUAGAAUAGAAGUAGCACUUCUUGAUCAAGAUGACAUGAAAAUUGUCGAAGAAGAUAAUGAUUGGCAAUGUGUUAAUUUGGGUGAUCAGCAAACAUUUGGAAUAAAGACGGCCGGACUCGAGGAAAAGGCUACGGCUUGUCAAAUGUUGGUCUGUUAUGCGCGUGAACUCAAAAAUGGAUUCGCCACUUAUGUUGAGGACACACUUAAGAUAAUGGUUCCAAUGUUGAAGUUUUACUUUCACGAUGGCGUCAGAGUAGCUGCCGCUGAAAGUCUACCAUUUCUUAUAGAGUGUGCAAAAGUUAGAGGAGAUCAAUAUGUCUUUGAGAUUUGGACAUUCAUUUAUCCCGAACUCAUUAAAGCCAUAGAAACUGAACCGGAAAAAGAAGUUUUGGCUGAAUUAAUGACUUCACUUUCAAAAUGUAUCGACAAAUUGGGACAAAAUUGUUUAAAUGAAAAACAAAUGCAAGAUUUGAUAAGAAUUCUGGAAAAUCAUUUGAAAGAACAUUUUGAAAGGUAUCGACUGCGACAAGAAAAACGAAACGAUGAAGACUAUGACGAUGGCGUUGAAGCAGAAAUUGUUGAUGAAGACGACGAAGACACUUAUGUAUUGAGCAAAGUGGCCGAUAUAUUGCACUCACUAUUUAUUGUCUUCAGAAAUGACUUUUAUUUGUAUUUUGAUUUGAUAUUUCAACAAAUUAUCAAUUUAGCGGCUGACAGCAGACCCUAUACCGACAGACAGUGGGCUAUUUGUGUGAUGGACGAUGUCAUAGAACACGGCGGCGAACAUUGCGUUAAAUAUCAAAACUUUUUUUUGCCACUUCUUUCAUCUGGUAUUCAGAGUCCACACGCGGAGAUCAGACAGGCAGCUGCUUAUGGUAUAGGAGUGUUGGCUAAACACGGAGGUCUCUCAUUUGCCCGAACCUCAACCGAAUGCAUUCCACUUUUGGUUCAAAUGAUAAACGAUCCAAACGCCAGACUCGCCGAAAACAUAACGGCCACAGAAAAUGCCAUUUCAGCCGUCACUAAGAUAUUACAAUUUAAUAACUCUCAGGUGGACGUCGAUAAUGUUCUUCCUGUUUGGUUGAGUUGGCUUCCCGUCUGGGAAGAUGAGGAAGAAAUUCCUCACAUCUAUGGCUUUCUAUAUAGUCUUUUAGAAGGAAAUCAUUCGGUAAUAAUGGGUCCAAGUAAUAGUAAUUUACCGCACAUUGUGGCCGCAAUUGCCGAAGUGUUGGCUCGCAUGUCGAUUGACUCGAAAAGCGAUUUGGGACAGAAACUAAUAUCAUAUUUACAAUUCAUUAAAUCGGAUACAAAUACUUUUAAUAAUUGUUAUCAACGACUAACUACUGAACAGCAACAGUCGCUAAAUCAAGUUUUACUUUAAUUUUAAUAAAUCAAUAUAUGUUGCAUGCAUUAUAAAUUUGACAAAUA